AUGUUUGUCAACAAUCAACCAACCCAAUAUAUUAUAUCAAAAAUUAUUGAAAAAUGUGAAAAUAAUAAUGUCAUUGUAUCAAAAGAUAUUGUUUCAUUUAUUUUGCAUUUGUGGGAGUUAAAUCCAUCCUAUCAAUUUGUAAAUAUUGACAAUGACGAUGAAAUUAUUGAAGCUAUUGCUGAUAAAUUAAUUGACAAAAAAAGUCCAAGUUUAAAUACUCUAAAAAUACAGCUGUAUUUUGCAAAACAUUACUCAACUAAAAAUGAAAUUGUUAAAAAACAUAGACAAAAAAUUAAAAAAAAAACAUCUCCACUAGUUGAAGAAAUAUGUAAAACAACAAUAGCAUCAAAUGAUCGUGAUAUUGAUAAACUUUAUCAAAAAAUAUUAAUUGUUAUUACCUUAUUGAGUGGACUGGGUAAUCCAAUGGAGCCAACAGUUUUAAAAGAAGUUGCAAUUGCUCUUCAAAGUGUAUAUUUACCAUCAGAAUUAAGUCACUUUGUUUUGAUGAAAAAAAAUGACAAGGAAGCUCAGCUACAAGAGCUUGUUGAUAUCAUUGCUGGUAUAAGAUUAUUCAACAAAGACUGUCAACGUGGUGGAGAAGGCAUUGAUGAUUUACCAAGUAUUCUUCAAGAAGCUGUUGUUAAAACUCGUGAUUCAAUUUUGGAACUACUGGAGGACUUGAUGAAGACAGUGUAUCGUUUGACAGCAGCUGUAGAAAAUAUUGUGCAAAUAUUGUCAUUCAAAACCAAUUAUUCAAGUGAUAAAAAAAUUGAUAAAGAAUAUACCUGGAUCAUUGAGAUGCUGAUUGCCUAUAGACAGCAAGAAAUUUACACGAGAAAAAUACUUGCUGAUGUUGAUGAACUGGCAAAUGAUUUGAACAGCUUGAUGGACCGGUUGCAAGCUAGAUUAUUAAAACUUCACAACACUGUAAAAUUUAGAACAGCAAUACCAACUCUUCAAGUUUACCCACAAUUUAUUGAUCUUGCUGAUAUUUGGAUAAAACUCCAAGACCAAGUUAUACUUUUGACUCACAUUAAAAAUCUUCUUUGUGAAAUGAAAUCACUCAAUGAAGUUAUUGAAGUGCAUGAUGAAUCAAUAAUUGAUAUUUUUAUAAGAGACAGUAAAGUACCAUCUGAUGCCGAGCGAUUGGAACAAUCAAUGGGAAAAAUUAUCACUGAAUGUGGUGACUGUUCAAUAAUCUAUCCAAACACAACAAAAGACUUUGAAAAAACUCCCCUAGAGUUUUUAGGAUUUUGUGCAUGGACCUUUGUUGCUGGUCAUGGUGCAUUAAUACCAGGUAAUCCAAACAUUGGUAUUGUACAGUGGAGAAAUAAAUAUUUUGCAUUUAGUUCAAACAAUGCAGCUAAAAAAUUUGGUGCUGAUCCAACAAGACAUGUUUCUGAUGGAUUUAAUUUCAUUCGUUGUCAUCCAGAAUACAUCCAGUUAUUUCAACUCUACGAUGACCUACAAACAUUCAAGAAUCAACAAAAGAUGAGUGAUAGUACAAUUGUUAAAUCACAUCAAGAUGAAAUUUUACAAACUGAUACACAUAUACUUCCGGCAAAUAUUGAUGCUAAUAAUUAUUAUCAUCACAGUAUUUGGGAACACAGACGACGAGCAUUAAGAUUGGCUGACUUGUCAAAGCUAUCAACAAAAAGCACACAAACAUAUUCAUCGUAUUUUAAAAAAACAGUAACAAUACAAACAAAUAAUCCAAAAGAUAUUUCAAUACAAACACGUAGAGAUAAUUAUACAAAUACAAUUAAUGAAAAAAAUUAUAUUUUUGGUCUUAGAGGAAAUAAAAGUAAUACUCCAAGAGUAUUAACAUUUUCAAUUAAUUAAUUUAAAUAAUAAAACAAAAAUUAUUAAUCAUUGUAACAAUAAAUUGUUGUUUUUUUACCA